CCCUCCCACGCGUCCAUCUCUCCCCCCUCCCCUCCCCGCGUCGCCACGAACCCUAGACCACCACCACCCCCGCCUCCUCGUGGCCGUGGAGGGCAGCGCGAGAGAGGGAGAGACAGGAGGGUAGAGGGAGUAAAGCGCCGGUCAGCGAGGGAUGUACUCGGACCAGAUCUCCACCGGCCGGAAGCGGUCCGUCCACGACCGCCUCGACGGCGACCUCCCUGCCGGCGCCGGCCGUGGGGCCCGUAACCCGGCCUCCAAGAGGCAACGGCAAACUGAUGAAAAAUGGAAGCAUGAUCUUUACCGGGAAGAUGCUGAACCAGCUUCAAAAUCAAUUGAUCCACGGGAUUUGCGAUUGAAACUUCAGAAGAAAAGCUCUCAGCAAGGCUUUGCUGGCCAAAGGGGUUCUGGUGUACGUGAUCUACGUGAGAUGCUUUCUGGAACAAUGCACCCACAGCCAAUCAAUGCAGAUCCUCCAAAGGCGAAGCCAGCAUCAGAGGUUGUGAAAGUCACAAGGCGUGAAAAUGCAGAUGAAAUACCUGUACGUCAAACUAAGAAAGUACCAAAACUAUCAUCAUCGAAGAAGAUAUCUCAGCCAAAGGUUGAAAGUCCACUUGAUAUUUUCCUGAAAUCACUUGGACUUGAGAAGUACUCGGUUACCUUUCAGGCAGAGGAGGUUGACAUGGCAGCCCUAAGACACAUGACUGACAGUGAUCUUAAAGCUUUGGGCAUUCCAAUGGGUCCCAGGAAGAAGAUCAUGCUUGCCUUGGAAUCGAGAGCUUAGGGUAUGACUGGCUGGCGUGUAAUGUAGAAAGGUUGGGCGACUAGGACUUGUGUUCAUCUGCAUGCUUGGCAAACCCGGAUUUCGGCAUGAGCUGGGAUUCAGUGCAAGAACAACAGCGUUGGGCGCCUUCUGAUGCAUCUUCUGACCAGUGGAGGAUUGCGAAUCCUCAGCCUAAGUUUAGGAUGUUUUAGAGGUUUGGUUAUGAAGGUUGACAAUGUAAUAUUAUUAUUCAGUCUCAUGUUAAUUAUCUGGUCGGCUUGCUUGUUCUUGGGUUGCUUUGCUGCUGUAUACGAUCAUUAUAUUGUUGUCUUCUCUUUGUAGGGAGGGAUGACACAUUUGAAACUACCUGGAUUUAGGUUUAUAAAUUGGGAUCUCCCGCGUCAGUAACUCAGUAUCUUACGUGCUGAGUCCUGGAAUCUUUAUUUGGUGAA